AGGCUUUGAAAACUAUUUGAUUUUGAAGAGGGACAAGUUCAUUGCGGUGAAUUCCAAAUAAUCUCACCACUUUGAGUAAUGUUAUGUUUGUCAUUUUUUUUUUAUUUGACAAUUCACAUAACCUCAACGGGCGACAAUGUGUCAAGACGAACAACAUUUUUGAUCAACAACACAAAAAUUUCGCUAAAAAUAUGUUAAAAUACCAACUGAAUUUGAAUAAAAUAUCAAACACAUUUCAAUACGGGCUGUCACAUCAAAUUCAAAUUCAAAUUCGAAAUCGUCAUGAUGCUAAAACGACUCCAAAUACACAAACAUCAUUUCAGAAUGAGGUGAGGAAACGACAGGCUCAAGCAAAGAGAAGUAUUUUCAUAGAAACGCCAGGCGAUUCUAAUACGGACAAUGAACUCGCUGCCUGUUGCUCACAAAUUGGCCCAAUCAAUAGUAUCUUUCGAUUGGAUGCUGAGGCAAAGUCACAUUUUCUGGUGGAAUUCAAACAUCCUGAGACAGCAAAAGACGUAAUUCGUUCCGCCUAUCAUCCCGGCAAUCACUUUAUUGACGGCAAAGUUCGUGCAAAGGGUAGAUUUCUAACAUUCAGUUCGACAGGCGAUAGUGCAACAAAACCAAAAAAAAUCAAUUACAAUUUCAAACGGGAGACAGGCAUAAUCAAUCCAGAGUCGAUUCUUAAACAAAUGCGAGAUGAGAAAACAAUCGAUGACCAAAUUAUGAAAUUGUUCAAAGUGAAUAGAUUAAGUGACUUGUCGAGUCGUCUGCGUUUUUUGACUGCACUUCAAAUCGAAGAAGCCAUUUCAGGAGUGUUUCAUGAAGCGCAAGUUUUGCCAUUUGGUUCAUCAAUCAACGGGUUUGGUCGAAUGCAAUCCGACCUAGAUAUGAUUUUAGUGUCAUACGGAAAUCGAACAUGGAAAGGUCAACUUAAGUCGAUGGAGUUGGGCACGUCGGAGGAUAUGGCUCGGUAUACAGUUCGAAAUAAUUUGUAUGUUGUUUCGACCAUGGCCAGACACUGGCUGCAAGGAGUUUCUGAAGUUCAGCCGAUUUUGAAUGCACGCGUGCCCAUCAUCAAAUACAUCCAUACACUCACAAAUUUAGAAUGCGAUCUAUCAAUGGGGAACUUCUCCGGUUACCAGAUGUCAGAGAUUUUUUAUACAUUCGGUGAAAUGGAUGAGCGAGUGCGACCGCUAGCAUUUUUUAUUCGUGCAUGGGCCAAAGAAUUUGAUAUACUUCAACCGUUUCCAGCAGGAUUGUCCAAUUUCAUGGUGACAUGUUUGGUGAUAUUUUUCCUGCAGCGAUUGCAAAAACCAAUUCUCCCGCCAUCUGACGACAUAAUUUCGCUACAAGAAUCAGGCGAAAACAUUCAACUCAUUACAGACACCAAAAAAUUAAACUUCAAAACGGAAAAUACCAGCACAUUGGCUGAAUUGUUGGUCGAGUUUUUUGAGUAUUACAGUUCAUUUGACUAUAGCAAUGACGCCGCUUCCAUCGCCACUGGAACGAUAAAGGCAAAUAUAAGCUCUGAUUCGAUGUUUAUAUACAAUCCAUUGGAUCAUGGUUUGAAUGUGAGUCGCAAUGUAACUGAUUUCGAGCUAAAUCAAUUCGUAGACAAGUGUCGAAUGUCACGAGAUGCAUUGACAAAAAGUAGCCUUGAUGCAGUCGAACUACUCGAAUUCUAUAGUAAAAAUAUGAGUCGCGAAAAAAUUGACUCAUUUGUUAAUAAUAUGAUGAAACAAAAGAGUAGUGAAAACAGCAAAAAAUCCGGUAAAUUCAAUGUAAAGACACUAAUGAAAAGUUAAUGUAUGAAUUUUGUUGUAGCCUACGGAUAUACGAAAUAAAAGUUAAGUUUUUUUCAUGAAAAGAAA